UCGAUACAAAAUUUGUUCAGAGCUUUGGAAUUGGAAGGUUGGUUGAAGUGUGCUCAGAGCCUUGGGAGUUCAAAUCGCAAGAGUUGAUUUGUUCAGGAAGGCGCAAGGAUACCAGUAGAAAUCGCAAUGUUCACCAACUCUUUUUUCUCAUCCCCGCUGGGCAGCGGCAGUGGUUCGUUUGCUCCCCAGUACACGGGGUAUUUGGAUGAUUUCGACUCGCCAUCAUGGAGAGUUCCAUCGCGCAGCGCUGCGUCGUACAGAGUGCCAUUUGGAUAUGGUGAGAGGCAGCAAGAACCUGCCUACACUCGGCCAUCAACUGCGGCUACUCUGCGCCAGCGACAACGGGCAGCGGAAAUGGCAAGAUUCAGACUGCCAACUCGCCCAGUUUAUACCGCUGCUGAUGAAUCGGACGAGUCAUCAGAAGACGAGCGACCAGGCUUCUGGAUGUCGCGACCGACGGCCACACCAAGAUGUGCACCUGCUUCAGCUGCUACUUCUCAGGCAAGGUAUGGCGGCCAAUCACCACAUGUUCACUCGGCUUUCACUCGCACCUGUAGUCCGGCAGUGAGCAAACGAACUCCAGUGACAACUACCAGAACCGCUAGUCCUGCGCCGAGUGCAGUGGAGGAAAAUCGCCGUCGACCAGCUCUACGUGUUGUAGCUCCAUGGGAGCAGCACCAGCGCUACCCUGUGGAUGACUGCGCAUCUGAAGACGAAGCCCAACCAGUGGCUGAGUCGUCCCUGGCUGAGUUGCUGAACAGAAGACGCACCCAUCGCCUGUCUUCGUCAUCGGCACCUCUGAGUACUAGUAACCGUGCCAUGCCACAGUCUGCUGAUGAGCCAACCAGUGAAGGAAGCUCAGAGGAUGAGCAAACAAGCUCGACCACACCUUUGGCAGCCGCAGUAACUACACCAUCCAGUGCUGGAACGAGUGCACAAUCGUCACCUGUACACACCGAUGUCGAACCCGAGAUCGAAACCGCUGCAGUUACGCAGGAGAGAGCAGCGUUGAUGGCCAGCUUUGCAACCAUCUUGGCAGUCACGAAACAAAUCGAUGCUGUUCGCCAUGAAGUGGAGACGUUUUCUGACACUAAGCAAAGCAAGACUUUCCUGCGCCUGGAAGACACACUGACUCGCAUUAUGCUUCGCCUGGACACCGUCGAGUCAUACGGUGAUGACAAGCUGCGUUCAAUUCGCCGUAAAGCUGUAAGAGAUGCGCAAUCAGUGCUGGAUGAGCUGGAGAGCAAACUGCAGACCCAGCGAGCAGAUACUGCUGCUAUUGCCUCCACCGAUGACACGCCGAGUACAAGCACAAGUUGUGCUUUUGAUGACCUGGCUCCUGAGUUGGGCCCGGAAUCGACCACCGACUGCGAUGAAGCCAUCGCUGAACAACAAGCCGUGGCGGACAAUGAUACUAACGACGUCAUGAGCACUGAUGAUGCUGCUACUGCUGAGGACAGUCAUGAUGAUGAUGGUAGUUAUGUCCCAGACCAUUGCUCGGAGCUGGUAGAACCCAACCUCGAGAUCGACCAAGAUGAUGAAGAGCCAGGAGAAGUAGAUGUUGAACCCAUGUCCGGGGAAGAGUUUUAACAGGCAAGUCCAUAUGAACACUUGGACACCACUCGGUUUAGUGCUGGCCAUUAGGACAGUUACUCUUAAUAGCUUGUAUCCAUGUUUCCUUUCUUUCUACGUUUUAGAACUUUCCUUGGCAAAGCAACUUUAUUUUGUGAUGAAUGAUUUCCGAUUCGAGUGCACACUCACCUGAUCAGACUCAGUUAUUCAGGUACUCUCUCUACUUCCGUGUUAUAUUCACUCGGUCACAUGCCUGCUUCUGCAUAGUUUUUUUGCUUCUCAUCGCUACGCUACACUCUAAUCGUCUGGACAGUUGUGAAAUGUAGAUAUCCCUCUUGUCUUCUCUUUUAAAAGUCUAAUUCUGCAGUGGAAAUGACUUGAUUGUUUCUUGGCAUUGUGAAUUUUGUAUAAUAUAAAGCCAAUUUAAGCCAUACAUUCCAACUCCCGUCAUAUGAACAAUUAUUUCUUUGCAGACAGCAUUCUAAUAAGAUCACAGUCAUUAUUUCCAAUACUGUUGUAAUUAUUGUAGUUGAGCAAUGGUCACAUACUGGAAACGGCUGGCUUUUGAAUGUGAACGGUGAUUGGGAAUUUGA